CGCGGAGUCGGCGCGCAACCUGGCCGCGGCGGAAAGUUUUCCCUGACGGAGUUUUGGUGGCGGCGCGGCCGGAGCGGCCAUGGACGCGCUCAAGUCCGCGGGGCGGGCGCUGAUCCGGAGCCCCAGCCUCGCCAAGCCGAGCUGGGGGGGCGGCGGCCGGCACCGGAAGCUGCCCGAAAACUGGACUGACACCCGGGAGACCCUUCUCGAGGGGAUGGUCUUCAGCCUCAAGUACCUGGGCAUGACGUUGGUGGAGCAACCCAAGGGCGAGGAGCUGUCAGCCGCUGCCGUCAAGAGGAUCGUGGCCACGGCCAAGGCCAGCGGGAAGAAGCUGCAGAAGGUGACUCUCAAGGUGUCACCACGGGGGAUCAUUCUGACAGACAGCAUCACCGACCAGCUCAUCGAAAACGUGUCCAUUUACAGGAUCUCCUACUGCACAGCAGACAAGGCUCACGACAAAGUGUUUGCAUACAUCGCCCAGAGCCAGCACAACGAAAAUCUCGAGUGCCACGCCUUCCUCUGUACCAAGCGGAAGAUGGCCCAGGCCGUCACCCUCACAGUCGCCCAGGCCUUCAAGGUUGCCUUUGAGAUUUGGCAAGUGUCCAGGGAAGAGAAGGAGAAGAAGGAGAAAGCCAGCCAGGAAGCUGGGGACGUCCUGGGUGGUGGCCGCUAUGACAGCACUCCCUCACUGAAGAGCCUGGUCGCCACUGGGAACCUGCUAGACCUAGAGGAGACAACCAAGGCCCCACUGUCCACAGUCAGCGCUAAUACCACGAACGUGGAUGAGACACCGCGGCCUCCGAACUUGAACAACAGCACUGUGAUCUGGGAGCUGGACGACGGCCUGGAUGAAGCAUUUUCAAGGUUGGCCCAGUCCCGGACGAACCCUCAGGUCCUGGACACGGGACUGACAGCCCAGGAUAUCCAAAACGCCCAGUGCCUCUCGCCUGUUGACUGGGACAAGCCUGACAGCGGUGGUGCCGAGCAAGACGACUUCUUCAGCUUCUGAGGACGCAGGACUGGGCUUGUGUCAGGGGCGCCCAGCUGUAGGACCCCCAGCCACCCUCUUCCAGUCGGUGGUGCCAUCAGCCUACAGAGGAGAUCUGUGGCCAGCAGACAGGGGAGAGCUGAUUUGAACCCGCGCUCUCUCUGAGGACUUGCAAGGAUGCCUUGAAUAUUAUUUAUUCAGAGACUCCUGCUUCAGCCCAGAAGUCAGCGCUGCGUCAGACCCGGCUCCUGCUCCGUAACUUGCGCACCCUUACAACCGGCUUCCUGCUGCCUUUCUUGAGCAACUGCUCUGCUGGGGGCGUCAGGAUGUGACCAAAGCAUUUCUUGUCCCUAAGGACUCAGAUUUCCCGGGGGUAUGUACCCCUGCUCUUUACUGAAUGGGGUUGAAUUAUUCACUCAUGGCAACUUCCCAACACAGGAGGGCACUGCGGCCUCGAGCCCACCUCUUCCUGGGGCCCCAGCUGGCCUGGGUGUGAGCCCCGGGAUCUGUGGGCCCCUGACCAAAGACAGCACCAGCUGGCACUUUAGAGCGCACAUGGCCGCGUGGUCUCCGGGUGCUGCUUUCAGAGUUUCCUCCCUGCCCUUCUCAGAGAAGGGCUCCAAAGUCCACGUGGAGUCGGGGGGGUCCCCUUCUGUGCUUGGAAACAGUGUGACUGGCUGUCCGGUCUGACUGUGACAUGGGCGCCCCCUCAGCACAAGCCUUGUUAGGACCCUCCCCACUGGACCCCCCACUCCCCACGCAGACAGGGUUGUGCCUGCCCUUCAUUUCUGUCUGUGUGUUCCUGGGUCCCACUGCCCAGACUCGUAAGACCAGACCCCUCCAUUUGUGUGAGAAGGGUCUGUUGCCAUUCGACAGACAAGGAGAGAGGCCCCUACCGUAGACGGGUGGGGUCAAGCGCAGAGCCCGAUGCCAAAGCCGCGUCUCACGACCCCCCUCCUCUCGCGCGGCCUCUGUUGUCCUCCCAGGAACCAAAAAACCGCAGCUAUUUUCUGACCAAAAAUGUGUUUCAUAACAGACCAUCUGGUGCCUUUCUACACGGAACCUGCAUGAGCCUGUGUGCUCUGCUAGCUGACUCGCUGUUGAUUUCCAUGAAACGGGGGGUGUUUGAGUCGGCUGGUGCCCAGGGUGAAACCAAACCGAACUAAGCCUCGUGCUGCUGCUUCUCAGCACCUCCACUCAGGGCAGGACAUGCCAGCAGCAGCAGUCUGUCUGUCUCGAGCUCCCCUUCUCUCCCUGCUGCAGCUCCCAGCAUCCUGAAACCCGGCCAGGCGGCCCAGACGUGCUCUGUCCUGAGGUGCUCCUUGACCUGGCUCUGCCGAGCUGAAGUCUCUGGUGACAGCUGGUGCAGGCUUUCCCAGCCCCGGAGAAACCCCCCUUUCCUAGACUCUACUUAAUCUAAGCACUUGAAUCAAAACAUGUUCAUCACAGACCAGAGACAGCACAGAGGGAGGUGUGGCCUGGCACAGCUGGACCCCAGUUCCAACCCUGGGCACCACCAGAGGUCACUCCUGAGCACCCUUGGAUGUAGCCAGCCAUCCUACCCCCGUGUAGUAAUAGAGACACAAGUGCCUGGGGAAGGGGAGGAUUUCCAGGGUCUCUGUCCAAAUAUGGGAUUAGCUCAUUUCCCUGUCUAGCUCCUGUACCCCCAUGCUCCACCCCAAACCUCCUCAGCAUUGGUCUCUGUAUUUGUCACGAGGCAGCAAGGGUUGGGCAGACAAGGCUCCAGGAGCCCGAGAAAGACCGUGCUGUGUGUGAGUUGUACUGCGUGCGGCCUUUGCCCUGUCUGGGCAGGGUGCUCCCCUGUGAGCAAGGAGCGACAUUGUGUCUGCAGGUGCGUCUUGUCCUAUAUUGUGCAUUACUGUAAAGAAAUUUCUAAAGAGGAAAAUAAUAAA